ACAGUCAGGUCACCGGGAGCAAGAUGACAACAUACACAGAUAAAGGUGAAAAGCAUGAGCAGGGCAGGUUCCUCUGCUUUGAUCAUCUGACCUUCUGGGUUGGAAAUGCAAAACAGGCUGCAUCAUAUUACUGCAACAAGCUGGGAUUUGAACCUUUUGCUUACCAGGGUUUGGAGACAGGCAGCCGUGAAGUGGUGUCCCAUGCAGUCAAACAAAACAAGAUCGUUUAUGUGUUUUCAUCUGCCCUCAAUCCUGGAAACAAAGAGAUGGGAGAUCAUUUAGUCAAACAUGGGGAUGGAGUGAAGGAUGUUGCCUUUACAGUGCAGGACUGUGACUUCCUUGUGGAGAAAGCUAGAGAGCGAGGCGCAGUUAUUGUAAAGGAGCCCUGCACCCUGGAGGACAAGUGUGGUAAAGUCAGGAUGGCCGUGCUUCAAACGUAUGGUGACACCACACACACGUUUGUGGAGAGGACCGGAUACAGUGGGUUGUUUCUGCCAGGCUUCCAACCCCCUCUGUUCAAGGACCCUUUAUUAGCCAAACUACCAAGUGGAAAACUGAACUUCAUUGAUCACGUUGUGGGAAACCAACCAGAUGCUGAGAUGGUCCCAGUGGUGGACUGGUAUCAAAGAAACCUUCUCUUUCACCGCUUCUGGUCAGUGGAUGACAAGCAGCUUCAGACAGAGUUCAGUGCCCUGCGCUCCAUUGUUGUGGCAAACUACGAGGAGACCGUGAAGAUGCCUAUCAACGAGCCUGCAAUGGGGAAGAGAAAGUCUCAAAUCCAGGAGUAUGUGGAGUACUAUGGGGGCCCAGGAGUGCAGCAUGUAGCCAUGAACACAUCAGAUAUCAUCACUGCAAUUCGCAACCUAAAGGAGCGUGGGAUGGAGUUCAUGUCUGUGCCAGACGCCUACUUCAAACAGCUGAGGGAGAACUUGAAGACCUCAAAGGUCAAAAUCUCAGAGGACCUGGAUGUUCUGCAGGAGCUGAAGAUCUUGGUGGACUACGACGACAAUGGCUAUUUACUUCAGAUCUUCACCAAGCCAGUUCAGGAUCGCCCCACUGUGUUCUUGGAAGUCAUUCAGAGAAAUAACCACCAGGGCUUCGGUGCAGGAAACUUCAAGUCUCUUUUUGAAGCCAUCGAAGCAGAACAACACGCUAGAGGAAACCUGACUAUCCUGACACCAAAUGGAGUUUCAAAGAACAUGUGAUCCAAGUGUUAUACUUGCUUUACAGUUAUGAAAAGUCAGUGUUAUUAUCAAUUAACUAUGAAAAGACACUUUCUGUUGAGGGUCCCGUUUAUCCUUUAAGUUGUAUACUAAUAAUGUGCAUCAAUGCUCUAAUAUUGUGAGAUAUACAAUAAAAUUGCACAAAUCAUGUUUAUUAAACUUGUUCUUCUUUGA